GAAAAUUACAGAUCACAUGUUCGAGUUUGAAUUUGACAUGAAAAUUGCAACUGAGAAGAUAGUAUUUGGAAAGAGAAUUUCAUACAAAUAUUGCAUAGGAAAGCUUGAAAAAACUGGGAAGGACCAAUACACAUGGGAGCAUUAUUUGAAAGAGAGUAACACUGGAAUGGGCGCUAAUAGAACUCUCACUUUGAUUGAAAAAUGGAAUAAGAUAGAUGUCUGGCAUCAGUAUGAUGGAGUUGUGGAAAAAGAACCAUCAACAUGGGAUAGAGUUUCAAGUUUCUUUUCCUCCUGGAGGACUGAGUUGAUAAAACAUGCAAAAAAAGGUGUUGAUUAUUUUAGCUCAAAUAUUCUGCAAUCAGAAGAUUCCAGUUACUCUGUAUCCCUGGAACAACUGGAAAUGUUAUUUUUAGGCUUUAAAAAAGCCUAUUAUCACGAUGGUAGAUGUUGGGACUACAAGGACAAUAAAUUUAAGGAAGAUAUAGGUGGAUCCAUUCUCGAUGUUAUACUGGAAACUGCAGGAAGUUUACAAAACACAACUGAUAUUUCUGCAAAUACAAGGGAAAGACAGGUUGCUCUAGCCAUCGCUGCUAUAUUUGCUGCCAAAACGUUGGAUUUGCCAUUUGUUAAUCUGAAGAGCUGGCAAAAAGUCUGUGAACAUCUUAUUAUGAGACCUGAUCCAGACAAGAAAACUUGCCUUGAAUUGGACAUUUUGGAAAAAUAUUUUCCUGAGAAUAGGCUACAGUUGAAGGAAGCAUUCUUGUCUCUUGGCAAGUACAUCUCAUCCAAUUCUAAGAAUCCAUCUUGGCUGUUUCUGAUGCCAUGGAUUCAUUUUCUGUAUGAACUGUGUAGUCCAUUUGAUAAACCAGCUUUUGAUGUAAAUCACGACAAGAAAGAUCCUACCUGGUGGGGCAUAUCACAGCUAGGGGAGCAUUGUGUCAAGUAUUUUAGAGGGAAGACAGAUCAUUGGGAAAUACCAAUAGAAAAGACCCUGGAUGUCUUGGAACCAAUGUUUGAAAUGGACUAUUUGUUACCACGAUCAUUUGUCACUGCAGUUAGACUGAGAGAACUUGAUUCAGUAAUAGCUUUAGGCAAAAUACCGACAGAAAUUAUCCUAGCAAACUUGUUCUUUCACAUAAAAGACACAAGGCCAAGUUGGAAAAUACAUGAUUACAUCUACAGAACAUACAGCUUUGGAGACAUCACUUCUGAUGAAAGACUUGUAGAGAAAAGUAUGAAGACUCUUUUAGAGCACCUUGAAAAGUCACCAAAGCAAAGUGACAAAUUAAAUAUUCAUCAAGAGAAGAUGCAGACAUUCUUUUCAUCACAAGUUUUCCUGGAGUGCACAAAAACAAAUCGUGUUAAUCCAUUUUCAAGUUCUAUUGGGAUUAUGUUGCACUGUUUGUCAUCCUAUGAAGAAAGAGAAGAUAAGAAAACAAUAAGCCAGAAAAAAUAUGCUUUAGGGAUAAUGCAACCAUGUGUCCCUGAAGUCUUUAAAUGGAUGGAAAACUGGAAUUGGAACUGGAUGCAAUACAUGGAAGACAUUCUCAAGUAUUGGAGUAUGGCAUAUGCACCAGACAGCAUCAAAUCUCAAUCAUUAUGUGAGGAAUGGAACAAACAAAUUACCAAAGCCCUUUGGGAUAAACUACAAACAAAGGUGUGUCAUGAAAGUUAUAGUAUGACCAAUUUUAUCCAGUUGUAUUGUCAGAAAAUUGACACAUUCAACCCUGCAAUGCAAGACUGUUUGACUAAAGCUGCUUUCAAGGCAAUUGAAAAAGGUUAUGCAGUAGAUUAUGGUAGAUUCAAUGAUGCAGAAAUUCGCCGAUUUGGAGAUCUUAUAUCUGAUCUCUUCCUGAAAGAAUGGAAUAAGAGUGUCAAGGAUAAUAGUAGGGAUACUCAGCAAGAGAUACUUCAACAUUUUCUGAAAUGGCCACCAUUCACACAGUUUGUGAAAAUAUAUUCUCGAGAUCAAGAAAAGAUGAAACUUUUAUCUUGUGAUUGUGCUGAGAGACUUGUGCAAGCUGUGUCUGUAAUACAGAGCUGUGUGGCAUCCCUUCUACAGGGAGAUAUUACCGUUGGUAACCUUGAAGAUAUACAAACAAAAGACCUGAAUUUUCCUGAGAUCUCAGACUUGGUAAAGCUCAAUGAACAACAUACAAAAGACUUUAUAAAGAAGGCAAUAGAGGUCAGGAAAAUGGAAAUGGAGGCAUUUAGUAGACAGUCUGGGCUGAUGACAUCUCUGACUUCACUUUGUCAGUAUAUCAGAAAUGUGGAUAGGAGUUCAGUCGAUGCCACGCUGAAAAAGCAGGAAAACCUGAAAGUUCACAAAGUGAAUGAGUUUUGUAUAGCAGCAGAUGUGAGUAAAGUUGAAGAUUUGGAAACAUUUCAGCCUGCUCUCUGUGCAUUUAAAGUUUCUCAGACUGUGAUUGACAUACUGCCACAACUACAGGCAUGCAGUGAAAGCAGCACUUUUAUGAGGUUUUGGAUUGAUGAAUGUCAGAGUAUGGACGACAACUCACCAGAGUUAAAUGAAAUAGUGCCUUGUGUUUGGACAACUGUCAAAAAUAGGUGGGAUACAGUUUCUAACAAGCUACAGAGUGGUGAAAUAAAGUUCAGAGAUAUAGAGAAAAUUCUUGGCAACAGAUACCAAAAGGAUUAUGACAAUAUGAUAGUUGAAUUGAAAACAUUUGGACUAAGUGUCAAAUGUAUACAUAAGCGGGUUGACCAGUUAAAGAAGUACCGACAUCUAGGAGAUUGUGUGAAAGGAGCAAAAACCAUUCUGAAAUUUGCUAAUGACUACAACCUAAAGGGAGAUUUUAAAGAAAUUAGAAUUAUUGCAAAUCAUGGUGAAAAUGAUCUGGAGAUGAGAUCAUUUGAUGAGAGUGUGAUGAAUGCCUGUGAUUUCCUCAAGGACCUUACACCACAGAGGGAGAAAUGCCUGAACAUGUUUGUUCAAUGCAGACCUUUAGUUCAGUGGUUGAAAGAAUCAAUGAAGAAAGCUGGAUUAAAAGAGCUGAAGGUAUUUGUUGACCUGGCAUUUAUGUCAGCUGGUGAUGAACCAAUCAACAUUGCUCGUGUUCAGUGUCUCCACUCAGCUGUGACAGGAUAUGCCCCGCUUAUAUUUGAUCUGGAUGAGAGUUCUGGAUACAAGGAACUCUUGAAUCUUUGUGCUGUUGUUUGGAAAGAACUUGAGGCAAAUCCUAAGCUUCCAGAUAAACUAAGAGACACAAAUAGACAGAUACAAUGGCUUAAAGAAAUCAAGAAAGCUCACGGUUCAGUGGAGGUUACCUCCCUCAUGCAGGCUGAAGCUAUUAAUGCUAAUGGAAUAUUUACAGUGGGUAAAAAUGCUUGGAAGAAAGAUGCUGAUGCUCAUAAGAUGGAUGAAACUUUACUGAGGCAAUGGCUGCUGCGUAAAAAAGAGAUAGAUGGUGAUGUAGAUAUGGAAACUGUAGGUGAAAAUUAUGACGAUGAGGGAGAUGAAAUGCCACUGAUGACUGAAAAGAGAAGAGACAAAAAUUUUAUACAGGGAAUUUUCGUAGCUGGGUAUGAUGAGGCCCUUUCACUAGGGCGGAUUUUACCAGAGGAUGUUUUCUGGGGG